UCUCAUCUCCUUUGACCUCCGAGUAGUCCGGCCGGCAGACAGAAGAAUGGGUUGCUCCAGCUCGAAGGUUGCGCUCGGCGACGUAGAGAUGUCGGCGCUGCCUGCGCGGGCGCCGGAGAGGCGGCACAGCCUCCCCGCGCGCGCCGCGUCCGUGCUGGGCUCCCUCAGCUUCGGCCGCGGCCGCCACGACGGCGUGCACGCUUACACCACGCUUCCGCUCGACGAGGGGACGCUCAGGGGCGGAUCCGACGACGGAGCCAACUCUUCUCUUCGCGGUAAGAGGGGGCUCAUGGCGGUUCUCGGGGACGUCGUGUCGACAAGCUCGAGCGCGGUGUACUGGUCGGCUUCGGCGACCUCAAGCACCGCGCAAUGGCCAAGCGAGUUCCGUGGAGAACCAUCGUCAUCAACGCCCGUGCAGUUUCCGACGCCGGAGUUUGAUCCGGCGAUACUGUCCCUUUCCAGGCAGACCACGUCGGAACGAUCGCCUUCGCACCCGGCGCUUCUGUUCCCGGAGAGGGACGCCGCGACGGUGGAGGAGGAACCGUUCGCCCGGGACAUAGCGGAGGUGAUGCCGGAGCUCCCCCCGAUUAGGGUGGUGAGGGAAGCCGAGGCCACGGAGGAAGACGUCUACGAGGAGGACGUGGUGGUGGCGCCGCGUGCGAGGAACGGUUUGGUGGUGGUGUACUUCACCAGCCUUCGCGGCGUGCGCAAGACGUUCGAGGACGGGCGCGCCGUGCACGCCAUCCUGGGGUUCUACGGCGUGCGCGUGGACGAGCGCGACGUGUCCAUGCACGCCGCCUUCAAGGACGAGCUCCGCGGGCUCCUGGACGGCGGCCUCGCCCUCCCGCGCGUGUUCAUCGUCGGCGAAGGCGGGCAGCAGUGGCAGUGGCACGACCUCGGCGGCGCCGACGACCUGCGCGCGCAGCACGAGGCCGGCGAGCUCGCGCGCGUGCUGGAGGGUUGCGAGCCGCUGGGGCCGAACUUCACCCCGUGCCCCGGGUGCGCCAACAUGCGGUUCCAGCCCUGCUACACGUGCAACGGCAGCACCAAGGUGUUCGCGGGCGACGAAGGUGGCUACCUCGCCGGCACGUUCCAGGACUGCCCGGACUGCAACGAGAACGGGCUCAUCAGGUGCCCGGUCUGUUGCUACUGAAGUCUUCUGAAGCUACUUGGCAGAUUUUGCAGUCUCGUGUCGGAUUAUUAGUGCUACCCCAGGUGGUUAUCUAGGACUUGGUUCUACUAGGCUACAAUUAGCCAUG